AGGCCUGGAUUUCUUUGAGUGCUUUGAGAGGAGGUAGCAUUAGUACUGAUAAAAUGCCUACAGAGACUGAGGAGGAGUUACCACCUUCUAGUCCCGAUCCCAGUAUCUCUCAGGAGGGAACCUUUCAUUCCCAAUAUAAAGUACUGAAGACUAUUGGAAAAGGAAGCUAUGCCAAGGUCCUCCUGUCCCACCACCAGCUCACAGGAACCCCAGUGGCGGUCAAAGUUCUCCGAAAGAACAAGCAGUGGUUCCGGCCAGCCAUGACAGAAGCAAACAUAAUGAGAAAGAUCAACCACCCCAACAUUGAUUCUCUCUUACAAGUCAUUGAAAACAAAACUAGAAUAUACCUCAUAAUGGAGCUGGUGGAAGGCCAACAACUCUACCAAUACAUCAGGGAGUCAGGGCAUAUAGAGGAGGAUGAGGCCCGGCAAAUAUUUGAACAGAUAUUAUCAGCAGUGAGCUACUGCCAUGAAAAGGGGAUUGUUCACCGAGACCUGAAAGUGGACAAUAUAAUGAUUGAUAAAAACAAAAAGGUCAAAGUCAUCGACUUUGGGCUUAGCACCGAAACACAACCUGGACAAAUGCUAAACCAGCACUGCGGUGCAUAUUCUUUUGGUUUCCCGGAACGCUUCCUUGGACUUCUGUAUGACGGGAUGAAGAAUGAUAUGUGGACAAUAGGAGUGGUCUUGUAUUAUAUGGUAGUGGGAAAGCUCCCAUUUGAUUCUGUGAUCAUCCAAGAAUUACAAAAACAAGUUGUUGCAGGGGUGUAUCCUGCCCCCUGUGGGGUUUCAGAAGAACUGGAGAUCCUCCUUAGUCAAUUACUAACAGUAAAUCCAAUGUAUAGACCAACAGCCAGUGAGGUGAUGAAACACGCCUGGUUCAAAGAACACGGGAAGGGGUUCACAGUUCGUUGUGAAGAACUGCUUCCCCUCAGGCCAGACCCUGAAAUUUUGGGUGCGAUGAAAUGCAUGGGAUUUCAAGCCUCUGUAAUAAAAUACUCCCUAAUAAAAAGAAAAAUAUAAUGAGGAAAUGGCAACUUAUUGCUUCCUACAACAGCAGGCUCUCCCGGGGUAUGGCUGCACAGCCCAGGCACAGCAAGUGAGUCCCAUUGCAGCCCCAUUUCCUAGCCUUGAUCCUGCUGCUGCUUUUAGAUUACAAAGAAAGAGGAGUGGAAGCUUGCCAGUCCUUGACACCUUGCAGGUGUCAUUCUCCCAAGGUCACUUAUCUCAUUAUGGCCAGAAGGUUCAUACAAAAGGAGGAAGAAGGUCCACUGUGGCUGGUCGUCUCAGGCCACUACCGAUGACACCUACACAGGACCACUAUCACAAAUGUGCCAUGAGUGUCCCAUACAUUCAAACAACAAGCAUCUUCAGUGAGAAGAGUAGCAACAAGGAAAUAAAAGAAGAUAAUCUACUCUCCCACAGAGUCCCAUUAGAGGAUAAGCCCAUCUCCAGCAGGGUCGGGCACAGAGGUUUUAAGGGGUGGACCAGGAAUAUAGCAAAUGCCCUGAUAAAGCUUUGUUGCUGCUUGCCAAGGAGAAAGAAACCUCGCCUGGGGCAGAACAGAAUCUCACCCCAGAAAUGAGCCACAGGGAGAGUCCAGAUAACAAGCAGCAGGCACAGCCCAGGUACCUUCGUGCUUUGUCCUUUCUAGUUUGCUCUAUGCUGGUCCUUCCUCUGUCUCUGGUUUCCAUUUUCCCCACAAUUCUUACCUUGUAUCUUCUCUAAGUUCUUUUAUGAGGUUUCCCCAACACAAAGCCUUCUCCCUCUUCUUGAUUUCUCCUCUUCCCAGCAGGGACUCAAUAUGAAUUCCCCACUCUACAGAGUUUUCUUGUUGACCCAUCCCUUCAGAUGGACUCCAGCUCCCCCUUAGGCCAAUAGCUCCCACAGGGUGAGGACUAGAGAUUCAUGGGCUCAUGGACUCAUCCAUGGGCUACUGGUUCUAGCACAUGUGGUCAUCAAUCACAAGUGCUGCAGAACAGAGUCUUAUGUUUUCAAAUGUAACAUCCCACUCCUUUAAGCCUUAAAAUUAAUAACAAGGUUUGUCACUGAAUAAGUAUCAACAACCUAGUUUGUUGGUUAUUGUUGAUGGUCAGAAUCCUGCAUGCAUGCAUAUUGUUUUGCAUACUGAUUUUUUCAUUCCUAAGACCUAGCAAUUGAUAUAUAUAUAUAUAUAUAUAUAUAUAUAUAUAUAUAUAUAUAUAUGUAACAUUUCUAAAUGAUUUCUUUCAAAAAUCUUAACUGAGAAGUAGAAGAGAAGAUUUGAUAAAAUAAUAAGGCAAUCAAAGCUCCAAAUGGUAAUCUAAGUAUUCUACCGCAUAAGAUUUUUGCUUAGAAUAAAUUGACUUUUUUUCUCUCACAGUGCCAUCUUGAAAUUCUGUCAUGUCCUGAGUAUAAACAGGAGGUGAUUUCAGACACAUGGCCAAGGAAAAGACACCAGCAGAAGCUACAGCACCAACAGGAGAAACAGCAAUAGCACCAGCAGCAUUAGCAGCAGAAGGAGGAGGAGGAGAAAGAGGAGGAAGAGGAGGAUUCCCCAACACCAAUCUCCUCCCUCCUCUUGAUUUCUCCUCUUCUCAGCAGGGACCCAAUAUGAAUGAUGAGUUCCCCACUCUACAGAGUUGUCUUGUUGACCCAUCCCUUCAGAUGGACUCCAUCUCCCCUUUAGGCCAAUAGAUCCACAGGGUGAGAACUACAGGGUCAUGGGAUCAUGUACUCCUCCAUGGGCUACUAAUCCAUAGAGAAACGGGCCUGUAAUACCAGACACUCAAGACACACAGUAGGUAGGGGGAUCAGAACUUCAAGGCUAGCCUGGUCUACAUCAUGAGUUUAAGAUCAGCUUGGACAACUUAGUGACACCCUUUUUCUAGAGGUGAGGAGGGCUAAGGCUACUAACUCAGUGGUAGAGUACUCGUGGGGAAACAGACUGCUGUCCAUUGAUACCUCUCCUUCCUUGCUCGGAAAUACACAAUGGUAUGAGAAGAGUCAAAGGUUCCUGGCCUAGCAUCCACUAUUCUAUUUGCUACAUCAUUAAGGGUGCAGUCUUUGGGGUGGAGUUUUUGGUAUUUUGGUCAGGGAUCAAAUCUAUGAAAUAAAACUUAAGCAAUACUCUCAUUGCUGUCAGAGUGGCAGGUGGAUGAUAAAUGCUUGCCCACCUGCAUCAGUACAAAGCUGGUUCCUUGGACUCCCUGCAAACACAUCACUGCUAACUGUGUGCCUGGUAUAGGCUUUUCCAGGACUAUCCAUAGCUUGAAAACCUUCCCUGCUAUGGACCCUCGUGUGGGCAUCCUGCCUUUCUCAGUCUCAGAAUGGAGCAAAGAUCCCCUGCUCACCUCUAGGCUACAGGUCAGGGACCUCUUCCAUCACAUAGUGAACAAGACUGGCACAGCUGCACACACCUUGGAAAUAGAAUGUAUUGGCAACCCUUAACAAAAAAGAUGGUUCUUACUUUCUAUUAUGGCAUUCUAUAAAAUACGGGUAUUUCCUGGUAUAAUUACACAUGUCAUUGAUUGUGUGUGUGCGUAUGUUUUUUGAGGUUGGAG